AUGCCCGCUCCGACCAACACCCUCCUCAUUGAGGGUUCUUUCGCCGAGCUCGCCGAGGAGUUCGCCCAGUAUGUCGACGCUCUCCGCAAAGAGGACACCCUCCAGUCCGAGAUCGCCCCGCUCCUCCAGCCGAUCCGCGAGCAGGAACAGUCUGAGGGCGAGCCCGACCUGAAGCAGCGCGAUGAGGUCCUUAAGAAGAUUGUGGCCGCCGCCGCCGUCCUGAACGGUGCCCCUGAGAAAGAAAUCAUCCCCUCUUACAACCUGCUUGUGCACCUCGUCCACCUGGCCUCCGACCCGGAUAUGUUCCUUUCUCGCAUCUGCGCCUACCUCGCUAAGCCCAUCACCACCUCCCCUCAGUUUGGCCCGACACUGGCCAUCUCCAUCCUCACCACCAUCUUUAACACUCUUUCCGGAAACGACUCCAGCCGGUACCACGUUCUCCUGGCCAUUGUGGCCGUGAUUCGCCAGUCUGGAUCCGGAUAUGCCUUCGAGGCCUUGAAGCCUCAGUUGGCCAACCAGCUCCCCACAUGGCUCUCUUCGUGGGAAUUGGACCAGGAGGAGGCCCAGAAAUUGCACUUGGCUAUUGCUGAUGCGGCUACCGCGGCUGGUGAUGAGGAUAUGGCCCAGUCCCACGUCGUGCAGGCUCUUGAGACCAUCCCCGCGGCUGAUGCCAGCAAGCCCGCCGCUCGCGACCUGGCUGUCCGCGCUCUCGCCAUGGCCCUGCGUCGUCCCACCGUUUUCGACUUCACUCCCCUGACUGCCUCCGAUGCCGUCCAGGGUCUCCGGUCCAGCGACAGCACUCUGUUCGAGCUGCUGGAGAUCUUCACCUCCGACACCCUCGACGCCUACGAGGAGUUCAUUGCCGCCACCCCGCUCGCUUCCAUCUCCGGUGGUGUCCUUGCUGAGUCUGCCGAUGCCCUGCAGAACAAGAUGCGCCUGCUCACCCUGACUUCGCUUGCCUCCUCCACCCCCUCCCGCUCGCUCCCCUACACCACCAUUGCCUCCGCUCUGCGUGUCUCCGCCUCCGAGGUUGAGAUGUGGGUCAUUGACACUAUCCGUGCUGGUCUCGUUGAGGGUAAGCUCUCGCAGCUUCGCCAGGAGUUCCUUGUUCACCGUGCCACCUACCGUGUGUUCGGUGAGAAGCAGUGGUCUGAGGUUCAGGGCCGUUUGAUGGUCUGGCGCCGUUCCCUGGAGGGUGUCCUGAGCGUUAUCCGCUCUGAGCGUGAGCGCUUCGUCCGUGAGGGUAUCCAGGCCGCUUCCGAGGAGGCCAAGAACGGUGACAAGGCCCGCUUCGGUGACCGGCGGCGCGAGCAGCCCGCGCAGGCCUCUAUUGAGGCUACUGCCGAGUAA